CACGCUGAACUCCGCCCAUCCAAGCACGCCCGUCUUCUCUCUGCCAGAUCGAAGCUGGCCGAAGAGCAGCCCGAGUCCCCAGCGGCAGCGACGGCAACGGCGGCAGGGAGAUGGCUCAGCUCACACAGUGGCUUUGGAGACAGGAAUACUGGCUACCUUCAGGGUUCACCUGGGAGGACAUGCAGAAGACAGAGGACAUCCGCUAUCCCCAUCCCCGUCACCUCCUGCUCUGCUUCCCCAUUGCUCUCCUGCUGGUCGCCCUCCGGUUCUUCUUCGAAAGGAAAAUUGCCAUCCCUUUGGGCAAAAAACUAGGUUUGCAAGAAAAGGUGAGGUGGAAAACUCCUCCAAACCCAACCCUGGAAGAUUUUUAUACAAAGCAGAGGAAAAAUCCCCAAAAGGAAGAAGUCAGAGGUUUAGCCAAGCAGUGCGACCUCCAACCAAGGCAAGUAGAGAGGUGGUUCCGAUACCGGCUGAAUCAGGACCGGCGCAGUGUGACCAAAAAAUUCUGUGAAGCCAGCUUCAGAGCCGUGUAUUCCAUCAUUUUCUUCUUUAUGGCAUUGGCCAUCCUUUACGAUAAACCCUGGUUCUGGGAUGUCCGCGAAUGUUUGGACGGGUACCCACAGCAGCCUACCCAGGCGAGCCUUUUGGGCUACUACCUCAUGCAGAACUCCUACUAUUGGUCCCUGGUCAUUACAGUGUCUUUUGACGUCAAACAGAAGGACAUUAUUAUGAUAAUUAUCCACCAUGUGGUUUCCAUCCUCCUCACUAGCUUCUCCUAUGGCGUCAAUUUCAUCCGUAUCGGUACAUUUGUCAUGUUCCUACACGAUGCUCCCGAUGUUCUGCUGUAUACUGCAAAGACGUUUAACUACCUGAAAUGGCAGAAAACCUGCGACACACUCUUUGUCCUUUUCGCCCUGGUGUUCCUCUUUGCUCGUGGCAUCUUUUUCCCUUACAAGAUUCUCUACAACACGUAUUACUAUUUGGCGGAGCUCCACCAGCCUUAUUUUGGCUACUACUUCUUCAACGCCUUCCUGAUGCUCCUGUAUCUUCUCGAUGUUUUCUGGUCCUGCCUGAUCCUCCUCAUGAUUUAUAGGUUCCUGACCCAUGGCAAAUUGGGAAACGAUGUGCGGAGCGAUUCGGAGAGCAGCGAGGAGGAAGGCGUGGAUGAAGCGGACCAGAAGGCAGAACAAAAGCAAAAACAAAACAGCACCAUUGUCAAGGAAUUGCGCAGCAGGUGUCCAAAUGAAGCCAUAGACACGAAUACGAACUUGUAGUUUU